AUGGCAAAAGCAUACACACAAGCUGAAUUUGACAGUCUGAUGGAGAAGGUGGAGAAGGUAGAUAUUAGGGUGAAAGAAUACUUGGAGUUAGCUGGAUACGAAAAGUGGGCUAGGUUGUAUGCACCUGUUAACAGGGGAUGGACCAUGACGUCAAAUAUUGCUGAGUCAAUAAAUGCCGCACUAGUGUCAGCAAGGGAAUUGCCAAUAUACGACUUCCUCGAAGAAGUUAGGAAGAUGUUUGGACGUUGGAAUUGCAGUAACCGCAAAGAAGCUACACAGACAUACACAACGCUUGGAAAAAAAUACCAGGAGAUGCUGACUUUGAAUGAGGCAAUGUCUACACGCAUGACUGUGGUACCAUCGACUGAAUACUUACAUACGGUUAACGAUGGAGGGAGGCAUUACACCGUCUGCCUGUUAGAGAGAAAAUGCGUUUGUGGGAGGUUCCAAGUUGAUGAAUUACCAUGCCCACAUGCUUGGGUUGUAUUGAAGAGCAAGUUUCUAAUGCCAGAAGAUUAUUGCUCUAACUAUUACAAACCAAAUUCUGUUGUAAUGACAUACGAUGUGCCUGUGCACCCGCUACCGGACAGAAAUGACUGGAAUAUACCAGCACAUGUUGCAGAGGAAGUUGUAUUACCACCCAAAUAG